UUCAUCAUUUGUGAACAGUGUUAAAAGUGUUUGUGUGAUUCAAAAAAAAAAAAAAAAUAAUAAUAAGUGAAAAUGCCUCCUAAAGCCAGUGGUAAAGCAGCAAAAAAGGCCGGCAAAGCCCAAAAGAACAUUACCAAGGGCGAUAAGUCGAAGAGACGUACCAAGCGUAAGGAGAGUUACGCUAUCUACAUUUACAAAGUGUUGAAGCAAGUCCAUCCCGACACCGGUAUCUCCUCCAAGGCUAUGAGCAUCAUGAACAGUUUCGUCAACGAUAUCUUCGAACGUAUUACCGCCGAAGCCUCUCGUUUGGCCCACUACAACAAGCGCUCGACCAUCACCAGUCGGGAAAUCCAGACCGCCGUCCGUCUAUUGUUGCCCGGUGAAUUGGCUAAGCACGCCGUCAGUGAAGGUACCAAGGCUGUUACUAAAUACACCAGCUCCAAGUAAAUGUCUUGAUAUUUUUCAUUUUGCGUCGAAAUACUACCUUAAAAGGCCCUUUUCA